AUGGGUGGCUCCUCUAAACGGCGCCGCAGUGACAAAUCGUCGCCAGAUGAGCCACAUGAAGAUUCCAACUUGGGCUAUUCUUCCUCUGGGAGAACUUUGCAGGGGCUCAAUGCACCACCACUUCACCGUCAGAAUCCGCUCAACUCAGAAGCAAUAUCAGCUCAGCCAGAAAUUCGGCAGGCUGCGCAACCUAACAACCUCACAGAAACGGAUCCGCCUCCACAUCAUUCAGCCUGGUUAGCGGCCUGGAGGGAAAGGCAAAAACAAGAAUCACCUCACCAAGUUUUGCCCACAAAGUCUAGAAAAAAGCAGACGCCACUGCCUUACAAACCGCCGACUUCUACAAAAACCUUCAUUGACUUGACAUUAUCCGAUGAUGACGAUGAUAUGGAGGCCUCGGCAUCGUCCAAACCGGCGUCUGAAAUGUCGUUUGUUCAGCUACCAAACGAGGAACCAAUAAUGUCGUCUAAAACAUCAUCCGCAACACCCUGUUCAACCACAGGACAUGAUGUUGAUAUGCUGAGACAAGGCCAGAUGACCAUCGCCCAGAAAGGGGUUUCUUACAAUGAGAGGCCUAGUAUCGAUCUUGGACAGAGAAAUGGACUUGGUGCUCGUCAAACCGCUGCAUCGUCGCCAAUCCCUUUUGCCUCGAACAACACGCCCCGUGGCGAUUUUGUCAGACCGCAGGCAGUAUUGCAGACACAAAUCACUCGAGCAGACCAUUCCCAUGUUCCUCCGGUCCUGUAUGAUAUCGAUAUGACAACACGACCUGCCGUGUCCAAAAAAGCACGACGAUCUGCAUUAAGGUUCAAUACGUUUUUACGUAAACCCGAGUACACGCUGGACGAAGCAAUCUACGGCUUGGCAAAUGGUCCCAACCGCCCGGCCUCGUCUUCUUUUGAUCAGCCUACUUUCAAUCAGCAAAUAUACCAAAAGCCGCUUGAACCCAAUCCAGACACGCGAUGUGCCCACUUUGAUCCACGGAUUCACUGGACGUGGGAACGUUCUCCAGAGUGGUACGAGAAAAAGAUGGCAGAAGUGUCCACUAGAGGCAACAAGAAGUCUCCAUCGCGAUUUGGUCAAGGAAUAGCGAGCCUUCGGCGGCGCUUGGAGAAACAAAAGCAGGCGCCUCGUCAGGAAUUCCCGGACAGAGUACUUCAAAAUCCUCAAUGGCUGGCCGCUGCACAGGCGCUGAAGCAAAUGGCGGCACUUGCUUCGAAAAAGAAAGCAAUAAGCCCGAUAUUGCUGGAUGAGAUGGAGUUUGUGUUUGUUCGUGGUCAACACCAUAGCUACGAAUGA